UUACCUCACUAGACUUUCCGUGUCGUGAGUGCCCUAAAGAUGUCAAGACCAUUAUCAGAGGACCGUGAAAUAAAUGUCUCUAAAAGCCGGUUUGGUCCAAGACUCUGCCGUCACUGUAACGAACUAUUUUCCGUCCUAGAAUUAUCAUCCAAAAAAGCCUCCGAGGAAAUAGAGGCGAGAGUUAACCACCACCCAACACUAUCUAGUCUGCACAAUGCAGUCCGAUCCGGUUGUCAGUUUUGCGUUAUGCUCGAACCCGAAAUUCGAGCCAUGGAGCCAAACGUCGUUCAUCCCCAUUGGGAUACGCUAACAGUCAUGGCAUAUAUGUAUGGUGGCAAAACGAUAACAUUUGAGUUAUACUUCGAUUUGCCGUCUUAUUUGCCACCUGACUUCCCCAGGAGCCCAUCCAUAGACACAGUGGGAGUUCUUGAUUCCAGUCUUGCUUAUCCAGGCACAUCGUGUCGAGAAGAGGUGCUCAGAGAAUUGGCAUCAAUCAAAGCAUACCGCAACCCAAAUUACGUACCUCCUAUUUCAACAGAUAGUAUGUCAGCGUGGGAAUUAUGUCGCUCGUGGAUAGAUAAUUGCACCAACAACCAUGACAUAUGUAAAGGCUUUCGCGCGGAAGCGUGGUGGCCAACGAGGCUCCUAUACAUCGAUAGUUCCAAUAAUGACGACCUCGGCUCCCUAAAUUUUCAACUUCAUUCAACACAAGACAAACAGCCUCGGGGAUCUUACAUGACACUUAGCCACCGUUGGGGAAAUUCCGAUGCAAUGCUAAAACUCACAAGUGACACAUACGAUCACCGAAUAAAGAAUGGAUUUUCGUACGCAGAGUUGCCUCAAACAUUCCAGGAUUUUGUUCGCUUAUCUCGGUUUCUUCGCAACGAUUAUGUAUGGAUUGAUUCCCUGUGUAUAAUCCAAGACUCGACGGAUGAUUGGAUUCAAGAGAGCAAGACAAUGGCUGAAGUUUAUCGUCAUUCGAAAUGCAAUAUUGCAGCAACAGCAUCUAAAGGGCCAACUGAAUAUUGCUUUCGUACUCGAGACCCAACCAGAAUUCCCCCCUUAGAAUUCACAUUUCGCCGUGGGAAGAAAUAUUUAUUCUUCGGCAGGAAUUUAUGGCGUGACAGUAUCGAGGACGCGCCGUUGAACCAGCGAUCCUGGGUUUUGCAGGAACGUGUAUUGGCACCACGACAAAUCCACUGCGGCCGAGAGCAGCUCUUUUGGGAAUGUUAUCAAACAACAGCAUGCGAGACAUUCCCAUUUAUGUUUGAGUUCCACGAGGAGUUCUGCAUGGCCGAUAGGACUCCAUUAACUGUGGAGUUGACAGGUCUGGGUCUUACACUAUUAGAAAUGAGCAGGUUAAGAGUUCCCGGAGUAAAGUACAACUUGUAUUUUAAUCCGUCUCCAAAAAGCCAUGUUCACCAUUCUUAUACCAGUAUAGACACCCUUUGCCGACGUAGAAAUGUGUCCCGAUUCAAAGAGACGUCAAAAUAUCUUCAAGGGGCCAUUCCAGAUGAGAGACUCGCGCAUAUGAGAUAUAAUGUUUAUCAAUAUUGGACGAAUCUCGUUGAGUGGUAUUCAUCUUGCGAAUUAUCACAUAGAAGUGAUAAGUUGGUGGCGAUCUUGGGGAUUGCAACUAGAAUCCAAGAUGUUUUGGAAGGUAUAGACGGUUACGUCGCAGGCCUGUGGCGGUCGCAGCUCUCUUGGCAGCUUUCUUGGAGGCUGGACUCUUCCUAUCGCUAUCAUGAUGGCAGACCUCAUCUCAUGGCUCCCUCAUACGACAUUGCUCCCUCCUGGAGUUGGGCAUGCCUUAACUCAAGGGUAUCUUUCCUCCCCCCUAUACCCAACACCGUGAGCCUCAUAGAUGUACUCGAUAUCCAUGACGGACAUCAAAGUAGCACUACAGGUGAUGUCCGGGAAUCUCCCUUAAAACUGCGAUGCCACCUUUACAAGAUCUAUACCUCCGAGGAAGGACUCAACUACAUUCAGCUAAAUGUUGACGACGCGAAGUUCCAAAUACCGGAAGACCGGAAGAUUAAGGUUGAUAAGGGGAAGAUGAUUAUGGACAGCACAGAAAGCCGUCGUCUUUGGGAUCAGGCAUACAUGCUGCCUCUUACAGAUUUAUAUGGAAAACAUGUGCGUGGAGUAGUUGUGAGCCCUUGCGAGGGAAGACUGGGGUUCUAUAGGCGUAUUGCUACAUGGCAUGAGUUUCCUUUCUAUAAUGUUAGGAACACAUACCUAAUCGCAUACGCGUUUCGUAUGGGCGAGGAUAAAGUAACAAUAACGCUCAUUUAGACUUACCUUGUUAGGUACAAAAGCACAUUCUUCUCAGUUCGUAUACCUUGAUGGUCUACUGGGAAGAAAGGGGAUUAGGUAGGCAACAAACUUCAAAUUUAGUAAUAGUCGGUCUACCAAUUGAGAGCAAAUCUGAUCAUGGAGCAUCACUACGGCC